AUGGAUCGCAUUUGGUUAUUGGCUGCACUCUUUUUGCUAAAUACUGUCUCAGUCGAAUUAUUGACGCAAGAUCAGAGAGAUCUCAUCCUAAAUUAUCACAAUGAAAAACGCCACAGUGUCAGACCGCCGGCUUCCAACAUGAAGGAUAUGGUUUACGAUGAGAAUCUUGAAUAUUUGGCACAAAAAUGGGUGGAUAGGUGCAUAAAUGAACACCCACCGGAAGACGAUGUUGAAUAUAAAAAGUCUGGUCAAAACAUCGGAGUUGCCACCGAGGCGAACCAAACGAAGUCCAUUACCAAAGUGCUGGACAUAUGGUACAAAGAAAUCGAAAAUUACAAUUACGACGAAAAUAUGUGCUUUGGAGUAUGCCAGCACUAUACACAGGUAAACGUAUCCCGAAGUUUUUUGUACAGAUGA